AUGAUGGCAAUUCGUGUCGUUCGUAGUAAACUGAGGAAACGCGAAGACCACUCUAACUCGGUUCAUCCAGAGGCGUCCCAGACAAUUACGACAGUUGUUGCAUCUGCUGAGCCAGUGGCGUUCAGCCAACAGCCCAUUUGGGUUUUUCCACCCAACCCGCCGCAGCCUUUGCAAAACAGCAACAAUCAGGAUAACUUAUCCAAAAAUUUGAGCCGCAGCAGCAGUUUCCACAAGGACCACGGUGGUCGCUGGAAAAGAUUUGUCAAGGGAAAACCCGAACAGGAUUCGCAUGCUAUACCACCUGAAUUGAGACCUCAACUAAAAAAGAUAUUUGUUUACUGA